AUGGCUCCCUCAUUCAGCACCAUCACUUGCUUCCCGACCCUCAACCCCUACCCCCCGUAUUCAACACACCAGACGGCAACAAGCGUAGUCAGUCAAGUCGUCGGAGCAGAUAGGCAUUCGAUUCUGAAAGCGAGCGGAGACUUGGAAAUUGAACCCGCAACCUUCUUCCAAGCGGCUUGGAGUCUUCUCCUUCUAAAUUAUGUGCGUUCCGAACAUGUUAGCUUCGUGUGCAGUUCGAAAGUUACGGGCACCACUCAGAAGUGCAUCCUUGAUUUUCAGAACCUUAAUACCGUUCUGGAUAUAGCACAGCAAAUCCAGACUUCAGAACCCGGCUUUACCUCACAAGGGCGAAACGAGUUAGAUUCGGGGAUUCUCAAAGACCACGGUUUCAGUACAAUGCUAUAUAUCAGCACCGAAGAACAUCUAUCUCAUUCUUUGGAUACGACAGUUAAGCAUGAAGAUAAAAUUGGUGUUGUGUGCCGUGUGACUAUUUCCGAGAGCAACGUCGAGUAUUCUAUUCAGUCUAGAGUUUCGCUUCUCUCGGCCCAACACGCAAAUAAUCUUGUCAAUACGUUUGCCAAAAUCGUGGAAGUCAUCUCAGACAACGCUUCAUCACCCAUUUCGGUACAAGAGCUUGAUAUGCUCAGUGACUACGACAGGAAGAAGAUUUGGAAUUGGAAUGCCGAUGUCCCAUCACCGGUCAAUGCGUGCAUCCAUCAACUAGUUGGGAGGCAAUGUGCUUCGACUCCUGGGGCAGAAGCAGUCUGCUCUUGGGAUGGGAAUCUCACAUACAUUGAGCUGGACCGAAUGACAUCAAAACUCGCCGGUGAAUUGUCAUCGUUUGGCGUUAGGCCUGGUACCAAGGUGCCUAUAUGCUUUCACAAGUCAAAGUGGGCAGUUGUCACGAUGCUCGCGAUCUUGAAAGCAGGGGGUGCUUUUGUGUCAAUGGACCCGUCGCACCCAGCAUCUCGCUUGCAGAAGAUUAUACAAGAAUGUGCUGCCAAAAUUGUCAUUGUCGGACAGUCCACACAAAGCAUAUUGCUGGCUGCAAAUGGUGGACUUCUUAAUGUGGUAGUAGUCGACCAGUACUUACUCGACACGAUUAGGGAGAGACACGAGUCGCCAUCAGUAGCAGCAGACGUGUCACCGGAAGACCCUGCCUUCGUUUUAUUCACUUCUGGCUCAACUGGAACGCCAAAAGGGAUUGUUGUUUCACAUAGGGCAUUUUGUUCUAAUGCAAGCACGCACAUACCACAAUUCAAGCUGCAGCACACAUCAAGAGUCCUUCAAUUCGCCCAUUAUACGUAUGAUGUUAGUAUUGGCGAGAUAUUCAGCACUCUUCUAGCUGGAGGCUGUAUAUGUGUGCCCUCCGACGAUGAUCGUGUGAAUCAGCUACCCUCCACUGUUCAGUCCCUCAAUGCUAACUGGGCAUUUUUCACCCCCACGGUGGCUUCUCUAUUCGGGGAGGACGAAAUUGCUGCGACAUCCUUAAAGGUACUUGUUCUUGGAGGAGAAAUGCUCACCGAGAAAAUUUUAAAACUGUGGGCAAACAAAGUCCACCUCAUAAACGUUUAUGGCCCGGCUGAGUGCAGUAUCUACUGUGCAUCUAAUCCAGGCAUGAAAUUAGAGGACGUCCCCUCGAUUGUAGGGCGCGCCCUGGGCAGCCGUAUUUGGAUUGCAAAGAGCGAUGACCACAACCUGCUUGUACCAAUUGGCUGCAUUGGGGAGAUAUUGGUUGAAGGCCCAAUUUUGGCGCAAGGUUAUCUCAACGAUGCCGGGAAGACUGCUACAGCAUUUAUCAACUCGCCUCCGUGGCACAAAGCACCGAACCAGUAUCAGCGUCUCUACAAAACUGGGGACCUUGCUCGCUACAUGUCGGAUGGCUCUAUUCAAAUAGUGGGGAGGAAGGAUACUCAGGUCAAACUACGGGGGCAACGGAUCGAACUAGGAGACAUCGAGUAUAAUCUAUUGCAAAUCCUUCCAAACAAGGGGUGGCGAGUCGUGGUUGAGCUAAUCAAACCUGCUGGUCACCCAUUACUGGUUGCAUAUGUGAGCAAUGGCUCAACGACUGAUAUUGCAAAUUAUAAGAAAACGUUCAUCGUAAGUGAGACGGCGGAGAUCACUACCUUGAAGGAAGCAAGCCUUGAGAAUAUUCUACCUCGUCACAUGAUACCAACUGCGUUUAUACAACUAUCAAAGAUGCCUAUGACCAGUGGAGGCAAGACAGACCGGAGGAGUUUAUGCCAAUUAGGGUCAGCCUUGUCUUCCAGUGAACUCAAGGCAUUUUUGAGGGAAACACAAACCAAGAUUAGCGCUCAGUUCCCCUCACUCGAAAGGGAGUCCGUUCUUUCGGAGCUUUGGGCAAAGGCUCUCGGGAUACCAAUAGAUUCCAUUGGGGCUGAUGAUAAUUUCUUCACUCUUGGAGGCGAUUCAAUGUACGCAAUGAAACUGGCAUCAGCUUCAAGAUCCCUUGGGUUUAUUCUCACAGUUGCGGACAUCUUUUCACGUCCAAGCUUAGCUCAGAUGGCACUUCGUUUGACCGAGAUGGAUUCAAGCGAUGAAUAUGGGGUUAUUCCACCUUUCGAGAUGCUUCGGGAGACGUCGAAUUUAUCUUUCGACACUCUAGGUGACGCUGCUCAAAUAUGUAAGGUGGAUAAAGAUAGUCUCGAGGAUAUAUAUCCAUGUACUUCUCUCCAAGAAGGCCUCAUAUCACUAUCCCAAAUCGAGAGUCGUGCGUAUAUAGGGCAGCAUGUCUUUGAAAUCCCCGAGGAGUUUAACAUUUCUCGCUUUCAAGAAGCUUGGGACUACACUAUCCGAGAGCAUUCGAUUCUGAGAACUAGAUUUGUCCGAGUCAUAGCCUUUUCUUCUCUUCUCCAAGUUGCACUAAAGAAUUGGAAGAUCCAAUGGAUUGAACAGUCAGGCGCGGUUGGGGAGUAUCUUCGGCAAGAUAUUCAACUGCCCUUUCAACUUGGAGACCCCAUGGUUCGCUUUGCUCUCUUAAAAUCGCCGGAUAACAAGAGCAGUUACAGAACAUUUAUCUUUACUGCUCACCAUGCCAUGUACGAUGGUUGGUCAUUAGCCCUCUUAUUUCGAAGUGUUGACAUGUUCUAUCGAUCCUCGGGUCUAAUUCGGAGCCCGCCAUACCGGAAUUUCAUCCAGUCUAUAUCCAACCAAGCCAUAGAUUUGGAAUAUUGGAAGUCCCAGUUACAGGACGCACAACCUGCUUCUUUUCCUCGACUUCCGUAUCCUGGAUACCGUCCACUGACUCACAGUUCGGUAGUUGCGGACGUCAAAGUAAAGCGGUAUUUGCACUCUCAUAUAACAACUCCAACAAUAAUUAGGGCCGCUUGGGCGUUGACACUGGGUAUUUAUUCAGGCUCCGAAGAUGUUAUUGUAGGAGUGACUGUCUCUGGGAGAAACUCUGGAUUUACUGGCAUUGAAAGUAUAACCGGCCCAACAUUCGUUACACUACCUGUUCGUCUUCAACCUGGUCGUCAAAAAGUUGCCAAGGACUUCCUAUCCGAAGUACAGAGGCAGUCAGCAGAGAUGAUUCCACUAGAACACACUAGUUUGUUCAAGAUUUCUAGACUAUCACCAUCUAUUCGGCAGGCAUGUGAAUUCCAAAAUUUGCUAGUCAUACAACCACGGACGUCAAUCUCAAUCCAGAAGAAUGAGUCUAACAACAUCUUGUGUGGACUUGAAAAGUUGGGAUCAAAAAUUUGCUACACAUAUGGCAUUGUUGUGGAAUGUACCUUGGGUUUGGACGGUUUUACAGUCAAUGCCAUGUUUGAUGAAGCAAUGCUCGAUAUUGGCCAGGUUGAGCGGAUUAUAUUUAAGUUCAAGGAUAUCGCUCAACAUAUGUUCUCUGGGAGUCUGGACCAGCGACUAGAGGAGUUCGUUGGAGUAUCACCACAUGAACUGGCUACCAUCUGCGAGUGGAACAAAGAGGUUCCUGAGCCAAUUGCAAUGUUCACUCAUAAAUUGAUCAGCAAGCACGCUGAAACAAAUCCUAAAUCCCAAGCAGUCUCUGCUUGGGAUGGCGAUCUAUCUCUUGAACAGCUCGAUGAACUCUCGUCAAUUUUGGCAGCGAAGCUCAUCAGUCUAGGAGUCACUCCUGAGACUGUAGUUUCCAUGUGUUUCGAGAAAUCUAAAUAUGCAAUUGUCUCACUUCUGGCAAUUUUGAAAGCUGGAGCUGUCUAUAAUCCACUCGAUCCUUCGCAUCCACAAAUCCGCCUCCAAGCUAUUUGUCGACAAACUAAGGCUCGUAUAUGUCUCACAUCUGCGCAGUCACUUGUGUCUUGCCAAUCGGUUUUUUCAACAUGCAUUGUCAUCGAUGACUCCAUUGUACAGAACUAUAAGGAAUUCUCUCCUCUAGCGUGGCAGAGUGUCCAUAUCACCCCCGAAAAUGCCGCAUAUGUCAUCUUCACUUCAGGCAGUUCUGGUGAGCCAAAAGGCGUCGUGAUCGAACAUAAAGCACUAAUGCUGAGUGCCGCUAUGCAUGGAAAGACGAUGGGUAUGGCUCAAACAACGCGGUCGAUACAGUUCUCAUCGUUUACGUUUGAUAUCUCCUUGACGGAUAUUAUUACCACCCUGCUUUACGGAGGCUGCAUUUGUAUUCCUUCGGAGGAUGACCGUAUGAACAACCUUCAUGGAGCAAUAACACAAUUCCAGUCAAACUGGGCACUUCUCACCCCGUCCCUUGCGAGUACGAUCGUCCCCGAAAGUGUUCCAACUCUUAAGACGUUAGUUUUGGCUGGGGAACCAAUGAAUAGGAGCCACGUCCAGAACUGGGCGAAGAGAGUUAAGCUCAUUAAUGGGUAUGGCCCUACAGAGUGUUGCAUUUUCAGUAUGGUCAACAACAGUGGAAUGAUUAGUGUUGAGCCUACAAAUAUUGGGACAGCAGUUGGAGCUGUGAGUUGGAUUGUGGAUGCUCUGGAUUACAACAAGCUUGCUCCCAUCGGGGCCGUGGGUGAGUUGCUUUUGAGUGGACACAUCCUCGCCCGUGGUUAUCUAAACGAUCCCCAAAAAUCAGCGGCAGCGUUCGUUGUUGAACCUGCUUGGUCUCAACUCAUAUCUCCUGGCCAUAGAGGGAGGUUCUAUCGCACUGGAGACUUGGUCCGCUACAACCCAGAUGGAUCGAUCACUUACAUUGGCCGAAAAGACACCCAAGUAAAGCUUCAUGGCCAGAGAAUGGAGCUUGGGGAAGUUGAACACCAUUUAAGACAAAUACUUGGCACGCGACGAGAAUUCGUAGGCGCUGCCGCUGAAAUCAUCACUCCAAAAGGCAGUCAUAAAUCUUUUGUUGGCGCGUUUAUUUGUUUUGAGAGCCGUAUCGACGUCAGGGAGGAAGUAAGCAAAGAAUCAGUGGAGAUCAUCACUGCCAUUUUUGAUGAGUUACGCACACAUAUGCUACAGGUCCUACCGCAGUACAUGGUCCCCGCCCAGUUCAUACCGUUCAAAUCUUUACCCCUUACAACUGCAGGGAAACUAAAUAGGCAGAUGCUGCGGUCUAUUGCGUCCGACCUUACAUUGAAAUCACUUUCUCGGUUCACAGUUAGCCAGAGUCUUCAUCAAGAUCCUCAAACAGCGAUGGAGCAUAGAUUACAGAACAUUUGGUCCACUGUAUUAGAGACAGACAAAGAUUCUAUUGGACGGCACGACAACUUCUUUGCACUCGGUGGGGAUUCCCUUGCAGCUUUGAGGCUUGUAUCAAUUGCCUCAGCCGAUGGUCUUCUCCUCACCGUGGCAGAUGUCUUCAGUCAUUCUCUACUCAGUAGUAUGAGUGCACACAUAAGCGAAUCCAUCGAAAAAAGGACCAGCGAUUCUGCUGUGAUUAAGGAAGUCCAGGUUAAGCCAGACCUUGGGAAAAUUGUGGACGAUUCCGUGUGGCGGGGUGUGAGCGUACAACUCUCGAUGGACAGUGACCAAAUCGAGAAUAUAUACGAGUCCACCGACUAUCAAGGUUGGUCAACACUCACUAGUCUUCUCAAGACAAGAGGAAACACCAAUUACUACAUUUUCGAUUUUUCUGGCCCGUUAGAUCCGGUUCGUUUGAAGGCUGCAUGCCACCGCAUAACUAGGCAUCAUGACCUCCUACGUACAGUCUUCACAGCAUGGAAGAGACAAGUGCUGCAAGUUGUGCUAAAAUCUCCGGAAAUAUCUUUCGAGUAUGUUGAAGGAGCUAAAGGUGCUGUUGAUGUUGCCAAAGGUCUGAUGCAUUUGGACUUGAAAAAGGAUGUGCGGCUGGGUGACUUGGCGACGUGGUAUAAACUUGUCCAGCAAGACGAAAAUCAUAACGCCCUUCUUAUGAAGGUUUCACACGCUCAGUAUGAUGGAGUGUCCCUGGACCAAAUUCGAGAAAAUUUGUGUGCUGCAUACAGUGGUAAAUCGCUUCAGACUGGACCGAGUUUCGCCAAUUUCAUCCACUAUGCCAACACGGCGAAGGUCGAAAGUUUCUGGCGUAAGUAUCUUGAAGGAUCUACGAUGCCAGAAAUCAUCAACCACACUGGCCCCGCUUACCGUAAUGUCUUCAACUGCACAGUUAAGAGGCUUAUUCCUGCUGUCUCCCUCAGUCAGCACGGGAUCACUGACUCUAACCUCGUCAAAGCGGCAUGGGCCUAUACGUUGGCAAGGCUUACUCGGAUACCAGAUGUGGUCUUUGCUGUUCUAGUAUCCGGGCGAAAUGUGCCUAUUCAAGGUAUAUCGAAGAUUGGAGGGCCCACCAUCAACUAUACUCCAUGGCGUAUUAAAAUGAAAAAUGGUUGCACGCCAAUGGAUAUCUGUCGCAGUGUGCAGGAGCAACAAGUUACGACUAUGCCUUACGAAUCCACAUACUAUAGGCGUAUUAUUGAAAGGUAUACUACCUGGCCAAAGUGGACACGAUUCACAUCUAUUGUUCACCACAUGUCUAUUUUCGACAUCUCCGACAUGGAACUUGAGGGCACGCCAUGCAAGAUUCUUACAUACGAUCCUGGGUGUGAUCGUACGGAUCUCUGGGUACGCUCCAAGCAUGCGGAUGGGAUGCUCGACAUUAUUAUUCAUUCAUGUCAUGAGGCCGUUCCUCGUGAAUUCACACAGCAGCUACUUGAUCAUCUGUGCGAUGCUAUCCUACAAUUCCACGAAAAGCCAGAUGAACCACUGCCACAACCUUCGACCUGGGCCGAGUGCUCCCUGCCCGAAACACCACUGAAGACACUACCUGAGCCGCAGAAUUUUGAAUCUGUGUCCUUUGAAAGCUCAAAAUAUAAAGGAUUGAUUCAACGUGCAUGGCAAGAGGUACUUCAGAUUGGGGAAGGCUUAGAAAGCGAUGUCGUUAUCUCUCACAAUACGCCGUUCUUUGAUGUGUGGGGUGAUAUGCUUGCAGCACAGCAAUUUGCGGAGUUCUACAGUGCCAAUAUAAAUGCUAAGAUACUGCUGGAAGAUGUAAUGGAGUUUCCUACUAUGAAGGGGCAGGUUGUGUUAUUAGAGAAGAAGGAGAACCAAAGGAUCUAG